AUGACGUUGAUACUGUCCUGGGUCUCAAAAUCCAACACAAGGCUUUCACCAAAAUACGCUUCAAGGUCAUGGACAUCCGAAUUGGUUGCAUCUUCCAUGCGUCGCAAUCGACGGCCUGGGCCACCCGUUGAGUCGGUUCUUAAAAGAUCAUUUUCGGUUGCUGAUGUGUACGUGAUCGUAGAGAAUAUAAUUCCAGUAUCUGUAGUUCUUGGCGACAACGCCUGA